AUGCUUGUGCAACUUUGUUUCGAGCAAGCAAAGGCUUUGCAGGUGUAUGGAGAUAGAUUUCAUCUCACAUUGAUUGUUGAUGAUUAUUAUGAAACAUGGGCAGAUCCAAUGAAUGUUGCCUCUCGUUCCAGCUAUAUUUUAAUUGGGAAACGUAAAUUCAAUAACGAAAUCUACACAGGAUAUCAACAUGUUGCAAUUGGUGAACGUGAUUUCAAUCAUACUCCCAAGUUUGAGUAUAUAUUUAUGAACGCCAAUUACCUAAAACAACCCAAAGAAGUGUAUGGCAAAAAGUAUUAUUUAUUGCCACCAAUUGAAGAAGAUGGCAUAGCAUAUUUUAAAGAAGAGGCAUUGAAGCCAGUUGUUGAAGAAAUAGAUGUUGAUUUAGAGAAAGGCAAUAUUGGCAAUGAAAAACAAGAAUGUCAGGGUGCACAUAUUCCUGUCGAAUAUAUCAAAGGGACUACUGCAAAAAUAAGUAACAUCAUGAAAGAUAGCAAUAAAAGCAACAACCAUUAA